AUCCAUCUCUAGAAUCUUUUAUUCUGCUAUCCCUCAUUCCUUUUCUUAAUUCUUGUUAAACAUUUAAAUUAGCUGUAAAUACAAACAUGGCUGCAAACAGAUUUGCAACGAUGUUACACAGAAACACCAACAAAAUCACACUGAUUCUCAUCUACGCCGUGCUGGAAUGGAUUCUGAUCUUCCUCCUCCUCCUCAACUCCCUCUUCUCCUACAUCAUCAUCAAAUUCGCCCACUUUUUCGGCCUCAAGCCUCCGUGCUUCUGGUGCACGAGAAUCGAUCACGUUUUCGAUCCCGCAAAAGGGGGCAAAAACAUGCACAAGGAUCUUCUCUGCGAAGCCCACUGCAAGGAGAUUUCGGGGCUGGGUUACUGCUCUAACCAUCGGAAGUUGGUGGAAUCCGAGGGUAUGUGCAAGGAUUGCUUUUCCUCGUCGAAGAAUUUCGCUGUGUUCCCAUGGAUGAAAGGGUUUGGGGUGAGUUUGAAGUGUUGUUGUUGUGGGGUGUGUGUAGAUGAUGAUGGUGGGAAACCUUCUUCUUGUAUUCUGCUCAAGACUUCAUCUUGGGAUGUUUUGGAAUGUACCCAGAAAGAGAAUUUGAUUGUUGAUUGUGAUCGAGUUGAGGAAGGAUUUGAUGAUUUUACGGAGAAGAUUCUAGAUUCUUCUGCUGAUUUUGGUGGCGGUGGAAUGGUUGAGAUUGAUGGCAAUUCGGUGGAAGCAGGGGAAGAUGAAGUUGAGAGAGGAAAGGAAACUCUCGAGGAAGAGAAGUCUGUUUUGAUCAUGAAGGAUAAGUCUGUGCAGGUGUGUGUUGAAGAAGAUGAAGUUCCGCCUCAGCAUUUGGAGUUUUUCCUGGAUUACAGUGGUCACACGUUGGUUCCGAUUGAACUGGUCGAUUCGAUGACGGAUGAGCAUCUUGGCGAGGGGAAUGGUAGGAUUGAAGAUGAUGGUGAAAGCAAUGAGAGAGAGCCAUUGGUUUUGGGGAGAGAGGAGAAAAGGGCUGAUGCAUUUCUUGAUGUUGAUAUCAAUGAGGAACCAACAUACACGAUGCUUGAGGCCAUGGAAAUGGAAGAAGAUGAAAACUCUCUUGUGUUUCAUGCGAAAGGCUCUUAUUUUGAGACCGUGUUUCCACUGGCACGGUGGCCUUCUGUGGAGGCAAAUGGAGAUCUAGAAAUGGCUGGAGCAUCGAUCGAGGAACAAUCAGAUGAUCUUGCAGAUAAUAAUGUAGCAUGUGAGGAGGUUGAUCAUGGAAACAAUGAAAAUGAAGCAGAUGUCUCAAUUGGAACUGAAAUUCCUGACUUAGAUGUAGCAGAUGAGAUGAUACAAAUUCAAGAUUCUGUUCAUACGUAUGAGUGCAGUCGCGAAGAUCCUUCAACGAGUUGUGCUGAUCUUUUUGCACCAUAUGAUGAUCAUGGUCCUAGGGAAGUUGAGGAGAAGACGGUGGAGUUAGAAUCGUUGUCCUUUGAGGAUAAGGAGCAUGUGAAGGAGAACGAGCCUUUGUUUCAGUCUGAGGUGAAUGAGACUGAGGAAGAGGAUAAGUUUCCUGAUACACCGACGUCUGUGGAUAGCCACAACCAGUUGCACAAGAAGUUAUCACAGCUCGAGAAGAGGGAUUUGGGGACUGAAGAGUCAUUGGAUGGGAGUGUGACGAAUGAGUUAGAAGGUGGUGAUGGAGUUGUGACUGUUGAGCGGUUACAGGCAGCACUGAGAUCAGAACGCAAGGCGUUGCAAUCCUUGUACAUGGAGUUGGAAGAGGAGCGGAAUGCCUCUGCUGUGGCGGCCAAUCAGACAAUGGCAAUGAUAAACAGGCUGCAGGAAGAGAAGGCUGCGAUGCGGAUGGAGGCUCUGCAGUAUCAGAGGAUGAUGGAGGAGCAGUCGGAAUACGAUCAAGAAGCUCUGCAGCUCAUGAAUGAGCUAAUGGUGAAGAGAGAGAGGGAGAAGCAGGAGGUGGAGAAGGAGUUGGAAGGGUAUAGGAAGAAGCUAUUCGAGUAUGAGAGUAGGGAGAAGGUGAGGACGUUGAGGAAGAUCAAAGACGGGAGCACGAGGAGUGGAUUCUCAUCGGCUUCUUGUAGCAAUGCUGACGAUAGUGAUGGAUUGUCCAUUGAUCUGAAUCAAGAUGCCAAGGAAGAAGAUGGAUUUUACAGCCAUCAAGAAAAAUACGAAAACCAGAGCACGCCUGUGGAUGCAGUCAUCAACUUGGAGCAAUCAUUAGCCGAUUUUGAGGAAGAAAGGAUGUCCAUACUCGAGCAGCUCAAGGUCCUAGAAGAGAAGCUCUUGACAUUGGAUGAUUAUGAUGACGAUGACAAGGAGCAAAAUUUCGAGGAAGAAAAUGGUCAUCAUCAUCUUAAUGGUGAAACAAAUGGACAUGCAAAUGGCGUUGCUAAAGAAACAACGAAUGGGAAGCAUCAUCAUCAACACAGGCGAGUCGCGGGCCACCAGGGCAAAUCAUUGCUCCCCCUCUUCGAUGCAAUCUGUGAUGAAAACGGAGAUGCCAUGCUGAAUGGAGACGGAGAUGACAUGCUGAAUGGAAAUGGAGUGCAUGACUCUUCUCACGAUGAAUCAGAGUUCGAAAUGGAGAAUAAGAAGCUUGCCAUCACAGAGGAGGUCGACCAUCUCUACGAGAGACUGCAAGCUCUCGAGGCAGAUAGGUUGUUUCUCAAGCACUGCAUUAGCUUUCUAAAGAAAGGUGACAAGGGCAUGGAUCUCCUUCAAGAAAUCCUGCAGCAUCUGCAUGAUCUCCGCAACGUGGAGGUUCAAACCAGAAGCAUGGACGACGCUAUAAAUGAAACAAGUCAUCACUAAGUAUUCAUCCAUCUCCACAAAAUAUCAUUGGUAAUCCAAAGCUACAAACCUUUGAUGCAAAAGGAACAGCUAAUGUGGAGAGGGAAUUAAAGGCUCUUGUUUUGUGGUAAAAUUUGCAGACAAGAAUUUGAAACCUGGUGGAGUUUUGCCCUUUGUUUCCUUGUAAUUUUGUCAUGGUAGACCCAAUUUUUUUGUGGGAAAAAGGGGGUGAUGAGUGCAUGUGUGUGUGUGUAGUGAGUUAAAAUUUCAUUAGGCAUUUAGGAGUAGCUUAAUUAGUUCCAUUUUUCAUCUUUUGAAGAGAGAGACAGAGAAGGGAGAGAGGGGUAAGUAACUUCCUAUUUCCUAGUCUCAUUAUAUUUGCAUUAUUCUAAUUAAUCAGAGUUUGUUUAUUUAUUUGGAAGGUCUAGUUGUAAACUACCUGUACCCAUCUGUAAUUAUAUAAAAAUGAGUGUGUUUGUCUA